GGACUGAUUCUUUUUAUGUUAAUUUAACAAAAAUAUGUGUUUGUUAUAAUUAUUAUUAUAGAAGAACCCAACAUUAUCGUUUAUCUGUAAGUUCUAUUUAAUUUGGCUCCACUGAUAAUGUGAUAGAAUUUGAGUGAAUCGGUGUGAGCUGAAUGUGUUGUAACAAAGUACUAGAUGUAAAUUGUAGAAAUGGACACAAUACGGCCGUGUGGGUGUAAAGGAGUAAGAACUUGUCUGAUAUGCGAGGAGGAAUAUGGAAUAAUUAAGAAAGACUUCCUUGUCUUGCAACAGGACAGAAAUAUUUAUGUAUACUGCCCGUGGUGCAACAAGGCUUGGCCUGGAUGGAAUGCAUUUACCUAUGAGGAACAUCUUAAUCAUAGUGGCACAUCUGUUGACUUUCCAGGUAUUUUUAUUCAGCUAGAUUUCCUUAGUGUUGAUGAAGAAGAGAGGUUGAUGAAUGGUAUAGAUGAGAUGACAUGGGACCCAUCACAAAGUGGAAGAAGGAAGCAGAAUUUUGGCCCCAAAUGCAACUUUAAAAAGAAGCGACUGAAACUUGGCAACUUUAAAGGCUUUCCAGCAUUCUCCAGAUUUGUACAGGAGAAGUUUAAAGGCGUGGACAUUCUGCAAGGUUAUCAAACAGUAGAACAGUGCUCGUUAGAGUACAGUCCCAUAAGGGGAGCUUCUAUUGAUCCUCACAUUGAUGACUGUUGGGUGUGGGGUGAACGUAUUGUCACAGUAAAUCUACUAGCUGACUGUGUACUGACAUUGACCGAGUAUCAUGGAGAUCGUAAUCGUUACAAUCUUCUAGAUGUUUACACCUAUCCACCAGUACUGAAUCAAGAUGGAAAAUUCAUUUAUAAAAAUGCAGAUUUUGUUAGUGAUGAGUCCAUUCUUCUUAGAAACAGUGUCCUGGAUAAUUCAGAGAAGCAGGAUUUAAUCGAUGUUGUUAUGCGUGUUCCCAUGCCUCGUCGAUCACUGUUAGUUAUGUAUGGUCCAGCUCGAUAUAUAUGGGAACACAGAGUGCUUAGGGAAGAUGUUCUUCAGCGUAGAGUAUGUCUAGCUUACAGGGAAUUUACCCCUAUAUACCUGGAAGGCGGGAAAUAUGCAAGUGAGGGCAGUGUAAUUUUAGGCAUGGCAAGAAAUUUCUGGGAUCAUAAACAAGCUGAUUUGAUAAAGUAGUCCAUUGGAAUCAGAUACAGGUUGAGUUUUAGCUUAUUUUCUUACUUAAAGAGCUGUGUCAGGCUGUAGGCUCAAUGGCCUUGAAUCAGUUCCUUGUAAAGCAUUAGAAUUUUUCUAGUUUCUAUGACCACAAUAGCUUUUUGACAUACCAUAUCUCCCACCCGAUGGGUACCAGGUGCUUACUCUUUCCACAGUGGUAAAUGGCUGCUUCACAAAACCAACCACUUACCUCCAUCUAAUGCUUUGGUCUACAGUAUUAUUAUAUAUAAAAUAUAAUGUUUUGUGAUAAAAAAUUUAUUUCACAUAUUUGUGUGUUCUACAUUUGAUCUUGUCACACCCAUACUGGUUACAAAUCAUUGAACAAUACACAUACUACACAAUGCUAGGAAUCAUGCUUAUGUUUAAGUGUAUUCCCUUUGACUACAUUAAUAUUUGUUUUAAACAAUGACAGGAAAAGAUAGCCACAUCAGAUACAAUAGAUCACAAUGAGAGCUUCAUACUUCAGCAGUCAUGGAUAUGUGACAGAACUUUAGUAAAAUUUUCAUGUGCACUUUGAAUGUAGACAAAGGUCUUGCAGACUAUAUAUGCUCAACUCAAGAAUGAAAAUGAUCAGUGACAAGUAAGAUAUACCAGUAAUGAAGCAUUGUAGUUGGCAUUUAAUUACUCAGACAUUUUCAUUAUAAUUAGAUAUCAUGACAUAAUCAUUCAGGAGAACAAGGGAUACAUUGAAAGACCA